GUCGAUCGAGCUCGCGCGGCGGAGGGGCGGCCCCGGGCGGACUGGGCGCGGUCUAUGGGCCGGCGGAGCGACGCCUCGUGACCCCCUGCGGUGCGUGACCAGCGUGUGACCCGUGAGUGACCCGGCGGCCGCGCGUGACCCGAGACACCCCGCCACGAUGGGGUGCGCGCUGUCGGCCGACGAGCGGGCCGCCAUGGCCCGCAGCAAGCUGAUCGAGAAGAACCUGAAAGAGGACGGCCUGCAGGCGGCCAAGGACAUCAAGCUGCUGCUGCUCGGUGCCGGCGAGUCGGGGAAAAGUACAAUUGUGAAACAAAUGAAGAUCAUCCACGAGAGUGGCUUCACUGCGGAGGACUUCAAGCAGUACCGUCCAGUGGUCUACAGCAACACCAUCCAGUCGCUGGUGGCCAUCCUGAGGGCCAUGCCCAACCUGGGCAUCCAGUUCGCCAACAACGAGCGUGAGCCGGACGCCAAGAUGGUGAUGGACGUCAUCUCCCGGAUGGAGGACACAGAGCCAUUCAGCGACGAGCUGCUGGCGGCCAUGAAGCGGCUCUGGAUGGACACCGGCGUUCAGGAAUGCUUCGGACGCUCCAACGAGUAUCAGCUGAACGACUCGGCCAAAUACUUCCUGGACGAGCUGGAGCGGCUGGGCGCCAAGGACUACCAGCCGACUGAGCAGGACAUCCUGCGCACGCGGGUCAAAACCACCGGCAUCGUCGAAGUGCAUUUCUCUUUCAAGAACCUCAAUUUCAAGCUGUUUGACGUGGGCGGCCAGCGCUCGGAGCGGAAGAAGUGGAUCCACUGCUUCGAGGACGUCACGGCCAUCAUCUUCUGCGUGGCCAUGUCCGAGUACGACCAGGUCCUGCACGAGGACGAGACCACGAACCGAAUGCAGGAGAGUUUGAAGCUGUUUGACUCCAUUUGCAACAACAAGUGGUUCACCGAGACGUCCAUUAUCCUGUUCCUCAACAAGAAGGACUUGUUCGAGGAGAAGAUCAAGAAGUCCCCGCUCACUAUCUGCUUCCCCGAGUACCCCGGCGCCCAAGAGUACGGCGAGGCUGCUGCCUACAUCCAGGCUCAGUUCGAGGCCAAGAACAAGUCCACCAGCAAGGAGAUCUACUGUCACAUGACGUGCGCCACCGAUACCACCAACAUCCAGUUCGUCUUCGACGCCGUCACCGACGUCAUCAUCGCCAACAACCUGCGAGGAUGUGGCCUCUACUAGGCCGUGCUGUGUCAUCGAGCGCGCUAUUAAGCCGCGCGGCACGCCGGUGUUUCGCGGCUUGCCGCCAGGGGCGCUGGUAUCUUGCGGGUAACGCGUCCCGACCUCAGGACUUCGAUGACGAAGAAGCCCGCGGAGGACGAUACUAGUCAUCAACACGUGCUGAGAUAUGGAUCUAUUUAUUUCCUCGUGAGUGGGCUCGACUGCACGCUGGUUGGCUCAAGUGUGGCAAUUCGGAAUCGGAAAUACUGUGGUGCGCAGGAGCCGCAAACGAGCGAUGUGCGCGUGGAGACUAUUGGAACUUUUAUCUUACCUGCUUAACGAUAGGUGCCAGCACAGUAGCGACCGAGUCGUCACCACCCGCACGGUCCACUGGCUUGCGAUCUCCUAACCCGGGUCAGGGGUUACCUUGUUUCGUGGGUCGUUGACACGGGGCAGUUUUGUAACAUAGCGCGCGCCGAUAGCUAUCCAUGUUUUGUGACUGCCGGCGGGCUGUCCCCGCAGCGGGGUCACGUGAUCGGCCGGGCGGGGCCGAUCCCGGCGGGCGAGCCUAGCGACCCUGGCGGCGACAGAGCGCGACCGAUGUCCACGUGUUCUGUGGCCGCCGCGGCGUCGGCGGCGCCGCGUCGUGACGUCACUGUGACACUGUUGGGACCAUAGCGGCUGGCGGUCGGCCGGCGUUGGCUCGAGGGCGACCCCCGCGUCCCCUCGGGCCACUGCCGACCGGGUCCCGUGACCCGCCGUGGCCGCCCGGCCGGCUAGACCGGCGUUCGUCUGCCACUGAUGUCUGCGAGUGUCGGUGUUUGGGACGGCCUGGCCAGGGAAGUGCUGUUGUCCCCUGGUCGUGCCCGGAUCUGCCGCAAGGGACGUCGAUGGUUCGUGUCAGCUGCGUCAUCUUUUCCGCUUCUGGCCGGAUUGGGGUCUAUUUCGAUCUGUCUCCUGUGGGCUUCUGUGCCGUCACUAGUAGACACGUUGGGCCCAUGUGAGCCAGUAACAAGCCAAUCAGUUUCAGAGCAGACUGUCUACCGGCCCUUGCACGCGCCAUUGCAUCAGUGCGCUAGCCCGCGGUAGGCGGCUUGAAACGGUCUUUGUGCCUCCCGCGAGAGGGCACGCUUGUCAACAAUAAUUUCGAUUCCGCAGCUUUUUCACACUGCCGGCCGAUUGAAGACGCACAGCUCCGUCGUGGGUGUCCGUAUGGCUUGUUCUCAUUUUGCUGCGCCGCUUGGGCCGACGGCCACCGGACCGGUCCAUAAAUUCCGAGACCGUCGGCUGCGCGUCGUGGAUCCGCGACGAUGUUGGUAGGCGCGGCUAGCCGUCGCUGGCCGCGUAAUGUGCGAUAGCACGGCGCGUGGGCGAGGUAGUUUGUUACAUAACGAGACGGCCUAGCACCCAUUUAUCCUCGGCGGUUCGUGCGUCUUUGUCCUUUGGCUGGCUGCGUGUACUUUAUCGUGGUGGCUGCUUGUUUCAUCCUGAUUGGUAUGCUCCCGUGACGUCAUAUGCUGCCAGCUGAGCUGCCGCGCAGCCGACCGCAUUCGUUCGCACCUGGAUCGCCGCACGAGCGCCGCGCGGACCGGUUGAUGCCGCCCGCCGCCACCGUCAGCUGCCGUCACAAACGGUACCGACCGUGGAGCACAACGCGAUGCGCACACAAGCACAUGGAGCACUUCGCGCGGCGCGGUGAACGCGCAGGGCCGCGGCGCGAGCGGCCUGCGGUGCCGCUUCUGUGUUCGCAGGGCGGUCCGACGUCCGAGCCGUGUCUCAGUUUCGUUUUCGUAUUUUUGCGUAUGAGUCAUUAAUAAACGCCGUUUGAUUGUUAGA